AUGCCUGACGACAAUGGCGACGCGGCAGGGGUAGGGGCUGGGGCUGGGUCUGGAGCAGGGGCUGGGUCUGGAGCUGGAGCUGGAGCCGUGGCUGGAGAAAGGACCGAGGCUGCUGGGCCAACAGAUGGUGCUGCUGUGGAAGCGGAAGGAAGCCCGGGUGGGCAGCCGGCGUGGGUUGCCACAGCCCGGAAGUUUGAGUUUUCCGUGGCGAGACCUGUCACUACUGCGGCGAGCUUUGGAGUCUGGGCAUCAUCGCCGCAGACAAAGGCGCCUCUGGCCGACUUUCUUACCCGUCGCGUGCCGAUGAAGGCGCCCGAGUUGGGGCCGAGUGCGGCGUUGGCAGUGGAGGAGGUGGAGGGGGGUAAGGGAAAGGGAAAGGAGACGGACGAGGCCGAUGGCGGCACUAUCGGCCUCGGGCGCAACAUCUCGUUGCAGUCGGUGCGGGCAGUGCAUCAUCCCAGUGACAGCAAGUCUUUGUUUGCGCCGGACAAACAGCCGGCGCGUCGUCGCACCCUCGCCCAGGUUCCAAGUCUCACCGACAUUGUGUUGGGCGUGCUUGGCGACCGCCUCGCCAGCGGGUCACUGUCUGCGCGCGAAGCUGUGGCUGCUGGCCUCCCGCCCAAGCUCCUGGCCAUGCUUUUUACCUUUUUGCAGAAGAACGGCGCGCUCUCUUGGGAGGCCAUGCGGCUCUUCCUCAACCCCGAGGUUCUGCACCUUGAUCUCUCGGCGCUUGUUGUCAGCCCCAAGAUGGUCGACAUCAUGGCUGAGCAGUGCCCGCACGUGUGGCGGCUCACACUGCGCGCCACCCGGUUCUCGGACGGGACGCGGCUGCUUGCGCCGAUCCAGAGCAGUGGCACGCUCGGCGUGCGUCUGGCGACGCACUUUCCACAUGUCACAAACCUGCAGGUCACCGACUUUGUCUCGCUCUCGCACAAAGAUCUCUUUGCCAUGCUCGACCGCCUCGGCGCAGGGCUCGUCCACCUCGACGUCCGCAAUUGCGUGGCACUGGCCGAACCGGACGACACCGCUUGGCCGGCCAUGCCCAAUCUUGUCACUCUGGACAUCUCACACACUUGCAUGACAACCAAGAGCCUGAAGUCGUUGCUGACUGCCGCGCCGCAGCUCGAGCGUCUUGAUGCCCAUCACGUCCGGUUCAUCUCUCAUUGGAGCCACGAGGGCGCGCCGCUCACCGCCGUCUUUGCCAGCCUGCCUGCGUCGACCACUGAGCUCGACGUCUCUUGGCCGCGGAAGUAUCGAAACGAGAAGGGUUUAAUGACGAUGACCACUGCCCCGGUUCUGAACCAUGUGCUGGAUACGGCAGCACUGCAUGCACUUGCGGCGGUGGCUCCGCAGCUCGUCUCACUCAACCUGACUGCCGUAACCAUAUGUGAGACUGACGGACGAAGCUGCGACGUGGACGCAACGCUUGCAGCGUUUACGGCGCUUCGCAAGGCCAAGGAUCUUCGGAUGCUGCGGAUGUCGUCGAUGAUCCACAGGCCGCGUGGGCGGGCGGCGGGUGUUGUCGAGCUGGCGCUGGGCAUACCUCGUGUGGCCACGGAAGCGACCGGGCAGGGCGACACUGCAGCGCCGGAGCAGGACUACACUGAUAUCGAUCCUGCCUUGGGGGCCUACAUUGCGGUGGAGCGCGCCGGCCGGGGCGUGGGCGGCGCUGCGGCGGGCGAUCGGGCCGCACGCUGA